AUGACCCAUAACUAUUCCUUGCGUUGGCUCUCUAUGGGAAUCAUGGCUACUGGAUUCGUCUUGAAUCUCCUGUUUCUUCUAUCGUUGUUCUUUGCAUCUCUUAGCAACGCCGGUCACUCAGCCUGGGAGGCAGGCGCUACAACUGUCACAUCUGAAUGGAUACACAUGGAUCCGUCUCCGGAAUACCGCACCUGGGAAGAUCAGACCAUCCGCUAUGCCUUCAACAGCCCUGAAACGAAAGAGAACGUGGAAUAUGAUGUAAAGGCCGCAUGGUCACUCUGGCUCGCUGCAGGCUUGCCAGAGACCUACAGAUUCGUCGAGACUACAAAGGCAUGGUGCGACGCAACGCCAGACAAUUGUUUGUUGAUAAUUCAAGAUGAUGACCCACCUUCACUCUUCACUAGUCUUGGAAGGAGCCGCAUCGAGCCCUGGGAUAGGAUCGCCAUGUACUUAAACUUCGAAGGACAGGAUGAAGAAUAUAUCAGAGCCCUCAUGAUUACCCACGAGAUCGGGCAUGCCUGGGGUCUCAUACAUGAACAUCAGAAUCCCUUGUUGUGGCAGUUCGCCUAUCGGGAGACCAGAACUGAUUCACUCGUCCAGUUCUAUUGCGCGAAUGUCCAGGGUUAUGAUGAGGUAGCGCGUCAAUUCAGUGAUGAUACUUUGGAACUCUGGAGCGAGAACGGCCCCUGUCGCAAUCAAGAUCGGGCUAUUGACCUCGAUUUUCUUGCAGCCGACAUACUUCCAUGGGCGGCGCGAAAGCAACAGCCACAUCGCUUGUGGCCUCUUGAUUCUGACGUUGAUUGGGAGUCUAUAAUGAUUUACGCAUCACACACUUUUGGACGAAAGGAUGAGCAUGACGUUCCGAAGCUUACUCUAGUACGGACUCACGAACUUCAGGAGAUCCCAGAGCCACUAAUCCCUACUCAACUGGACGUGAAGGGGUUGCAGCAUAUCUAUCAUCCCGUAUAUGGGAAGUUCCGGGAGGUGUUUCACAACGAUCCAGAUAGCCCGUGGUAUGGCUUGUUCAAAGAGAAGAUCACGAGCUGUUUAAUUAGAUCCUGA